GUCUCUCCCUCCCACUUUACAUCCCGCUGCGCAUCCAUUCACUUUCUCAACUCUUUUUCACUUCGUCACAACUAUGUGAAAGACUAUGAAAAUUGUUAUUUUUUUAAAAAAAAAAAAAUAGCUGGGCUUCACCGAACAGCAGCUCUGCUAAAAAACGAGGGAAUGGGUUUAAAAAUCCUUUGAAUGCGCCGCGCUGGAAAGGCGUUCUCGUGCCACCUGGAACGAGACCCCGCGCGGAAGAGACGCCGCGACGCGCGAGGCGCGCGACGAGCGCGAGGAGCGCGGAGGACCCGGGACUGUGUACGUGCUAACUGUAGUCCGGGAUGGCCGCGCUGGCCCUGCGGAGCCUGCUGGGUCCGCUGGCCCUGCUCUUCUGCGGCACCCUGCUGUGCGGAUUUGCCGCGCUUCUGGCAGUGCGCGAGGCCGAGAGGUGCAUCACGCGCCACGCCACCCGACGCAGGGUCGUCAGCCUGACCAACUGCUUGGGCGAUGGGAUGUUCCUGGCCAUCUGCUUCCUCGACCUGGUGCCACAGUACCUGGCGGAGAUGAAGGAAGGCUUCAGAAACCUGCAGAUCACCUUACAGUUUCCCUUGCCUGAAUUCAUUAUGGCCAUGGGUUUCUUCCUGAUCUUAGCCACGGAGCAGAUUGUCCUGGCUUACAUGGCAAAAUCAAAGUUCUCCCAGGUGGACAGACAGACCUUUGUGAUGAAUUCAAGCAUCAUAUCACAUGGCCAAAAUGAGCAGAGCCCCCGAGGACUGCAGCAUUCUGUUGAAUUGAUAAUAAAAGGCCACCAUGGGCGACAAGAAUCACCUGGGAUGGGACACUGCUUUCUCAGCUUCCGGUCAGCUAUACACUGCUUCAUCCUGGCCCUCGCGCUAUCGCUGCACUCUGUGUUAGAGGGACUGAUGGUGGGGCUACAAAGCAAUGGCCAAAAAAUGUGGAACAGAAGUGCAAUGCUGAUCUUCAGCAAGGGUGUUGUUGCCUUUGCCCUGGUGCUCCAGUUCUCCCGGUGUCACCUCCGUCCAGUGGCCAUUGCCGGAGGCCUCUUCACGUUCGCCAUGACAUCUCCACUCGGUAUUGGGCUGGGUAGUACCCUUGAAGCUUCAGCCUCUGGCAUCAAGCAGCAUCUAGCCUGCUCCACCCUGCAGGGUCUGACUGUUGGCUGCUUUAUCUACAUCACCUUCAUGGAGAUCCUGCCUCAUGAGCUGGGCUCCUCCAAGAACCACAUGUCCAAAAUCACACUGUUGCUCACUGGCUUCGCAGUUGUCACAGGACUGCUAUUCAUCAAAAAUUUUAUGGUUCUGCUGUAGGUGGUGGACACUGAUAACUUACCACCGCAUCAUCUACCUACAUUUACACAGAAAAAUUAUAUGUAUAUAUAUAGUGUAAUUUGUGACAGGUAAAAAAAAAAACCUUUGAUACUACAGUAAUUUGAUCAAACUGUCAGGAUUUGUGCACUUCCUUAAUGAACAUUUUAAUUUCAAGAAUACUGCCAUGGUUAAGAAAACACAUUACAUGGAUGUAAUCAUGUGAACCCAGAAGCAAGACACAUAUACCAUUCUUGGUAGUUACCAAUUCAAGUUGCCCUGCUGAAGAACAUUUGUGCACUAUCUACUGCACCAGCCAAAAGGUCAUUUCAUGCUACAGAAACCACUUGGAGGGCAAGUCCUGCCCAUUGUCACUUGUAUGGAUACAAAGCUGGACCACUUAAGCUGAGCACAAGUCAUUUACAUGCAUUUAGCAGAAGUUUUUCUCUAAAGCAACUUCCAAGGAGCUCUAGUGUUACAUUUGACACACCUUCAAAGUAGUAGGUCAGCUGGUAGUGUAGUGGUUAGCAGUACUGCUUUUGGACCCAAAGGUUGCAGGUUUGAGCUUCCCCUCUAGCUAUAGUAUCUUUGCGCAAGGUGCUUACCCUAAAUUACACACACACACACACACACAUUUUCUGAACCGCUUGUCCCA